GAGGGGCUCCUUAAAGAAACGCUGCUGUCGCUCGCCUGCUCGCUUCUCGCUCGGCAUUGUGGCCAGCCAGCCGGGCACUUGGGGGGCACGCGCGGCCGCCGCUCGAGCUCUGCCCCCACCCCACCCGCCAGCAGAUCUGGGGUGGGGACCCAGGCGGGGGCUCCCGCAGCCACUGCCCGGCGCGGACCGCAAGGAGCGACCCACUCUUCCCGGCGCCGAGAAAGGAGCAACGGAGCCCUCUGCAGCCGGCCGGCCUCUCCUCCCCUGACCACUCGCUUCCCGGCUGCCUUUGUGGCCGCAGUUUCUCGCCGCCGAGCAGAGGGCCGGCGGGGCGCGGUGCGCACGGCCGAGCGAUGCCCAGCUCGCUGUUUGCAGACCUGGAGCGCAACGGCAGCGGCGGCGGCGGGGGAGGCGGCGGCGGGGGAGGCGGCGGCGGCGGCAGCGGCGGGGGAGAGACCCUGGAUGACCAAAGAGCCCUGCAGCUCGCGCUCGACCAGCUCUCCCUGCUGGGGCUGGACAGUGACGAGGGCGCGUCUCUGUACGACAGCGAGCCGAGGAAGAAGAGCGUGAACAUGACCGAGUGCGUGCCGGUGCCCAGUUCCGAGCAUGUCGCCGAGAUCGUGGGGCGGCAAGGUUGUAAAAUCAAAGCGCUGCGGGCGAAGACCAACACUUAUAUCAAGACCCCGGUUCGUGGGGAGGAGCCUGUCUUUGUUGUGACGGGCAGGAAGGAGGAUGUGGCCAUGGCUCGGAGGGAGAUCAUCUCUGCCGCCGAGCACUUCUCCAUGAUCCGCGCCUCGCGAAAUAAGAACACGGCGCUCAACGGCGCAGUGCCCGGGCCGCCUAACCUGCCGGGGCAGACCACCAUCCAGGUGCGGGUGCCCUACCGCGUGGUGGGGCUCGUGGUGGGGCCCAAGGGCGCCACGAUCAAGCGCAUCCAGCAGCAGACGCACACGUACAUCGUGACGCCCAGCCGCGACAAGGAGCCGGUGUUCGAGGUGACCGGCAUGCCUGAGAACGUGGACCGAGCUCGCGAGGAGAUCGAGGCGCACAUCGCCCUGCGCACUGGCGGCAUCAUUGAGCUCACAGAUGAGAACGACUUCCACGCCAAUGGCACGGAUGUGGGCUUUGAUCUGCAUCAUGGGUCCGGCGGGUCCGGCCCAGGCAGCCUCUGGAGCAAGCCCACCCCCAGCAUCACGCCCACUCCGGGCCGCAAGCCCUUCUCUAGCUAUCGCAACGACAGCUCCAGCUCGCUUGGCAGCGCCUCCACAGACUCUUACUUCGGCGGGGGGACCAGCGGCAGUGCAGCUGCCACCCCACGCCUGGCGGACUAUAGUCCCCCCAGCCCCGCGCUCAGCUUUGCUCACAACGGAAACAACAACAAUGGCAAUGGAUACACCUACACGGCGGGGGAAGCUUCUGUGCCUUCCCCUGACGGCUGUCCUGAGCUACAGCCCACCUUCGACCCGGCUCCCGCCCCACCGCCUGGGGCUCCACUUCUCUGGGCCCAGUUUGAGAGGUCCCCGGGAGGCGGACCUGCAGCUCCCGUGUCCUCUUCCUGCUCUUCCUCUGCAUCUUCGUCUGCUUCGUCUUCCUCUGUGGUCUUUCCCGGGGGCGGCGCCAGCGCGCCCUCCAACGCCAACCUGGGGCUGCUGGUGCACCGCCGGCUGCACCCGGGCACCAGCUGCCCCCGUUUGUCCCCGCCCUUGCACAUGGCUCCGGGGGCGGGCGAGCACCACCUGGCUCGCCGGGUGCGCAGCGACCCGGGCGGAGGGGGCCUGGCCUACGCCGCCUAUGCCAACGGCCUGGGGGCGCAGCUGCCAGGCCUGCAGCCGUCGGACACAUCCGGCUCCUCGUCCUCGUCCAGCUCCUCCUCCAGCUCUUCAUCCUCCUCCUCUGGGUUGCGGCGUAAGGGCAGCCGUGACUGCUCCGUGUGCUUUGAGAGCGAAGUAAUCGCCGCCCUGGUGCCCUGCGGCCACAACCUCUUUUGCAUGGAGUGCGCCAACCGCAUCUGUGAGAAGAGUGAGCCUGAAUGCCCGGUCUGCCACACCGCGGUCACUCAGGCCAUCCGCAUCUUUUCUUGAAGGCGGCGGCGCGCACCACGCGGGGGAUGGAGAACCCGCUUUCCUCCAUCCUCACUCCCCAGCGCCUCUUUACCUCCUUGGUGCCCCACCUUCUCCUCCCCGCCUCCCUGCUCACACUCUGAGAUCCGAAGAGGAGCUUGGAAAGCUGUAGUAUCCGCUCAUUUUUUAAAUUUAAAUUUUUAAACAAAGGAACUUGCCAGGAUAUCUGCAUCAAGAGUACUGUAGCCUGGGAAACCUCCGAACCACCUUAAAUGCAUGCUCUAUAAAUAAUAGGAACGGCGACAUUCUAGUAAUGAUAGUUUUUACACUGUACUUAAUAGGAAGCUUCCAAAAGAAGAAAACCCCACAAGUUUUCCAUUUUCUUAAAGUAGGAAAAAAUGAACAAUAAUUAUUAUGAUGAAGAUGAUAAUAAUAGUGCUAUGGGAUGUGUGGACUGUUUUAGUGUGUUCCCCUUUGUGGCUGGGUUCCUACGAUGCUUAUUAUAGAACACAGUGGAUCCUUUUUGAAUGUUCGUGGAAGGGCCAGGAGUUCCUGUGAAACCAGGAUACUGCAGCUUUAUUAAAGUUAAAGAAAC